GGCUUACGAUGCAUGGAUAAAAAUCCAAGGCAAUCACAGCGCAGGACAAAAGUUUAGAGCAACGAUAUGUAGACGAACAUACAGCGCACUUUCCCACCGAGUUUUUGUUUGCCUCCGCGACUGACCGAGUCCCGUUAAUUGUGACUAAAAGUGUGGUAGGCUGCACUGAGGGGCACAUCAGGAGACGACGGAGGCGCUUCAGCCAGGAAAGAAGUGCCGUGAGAAAGAUACCGUCUCUCUCUCUCUCUCCACCACAGCAGCCGCGCCCGGAUCACAUCCUCCAGCUCAGCGCUCUCCCUGCUCCCCUGCAAUAGCAUGGCCAGUUCGAGUAAAGCGACUUUAAUCUUGCUCAUCUACGGAAUCUUAAUGCACUACAGCGUCUUCUGCACACCUAUCGGACUAAGUUACCCUAAGAUUAGACUUGAAAACGACGCCUUCGAUGAGGACGGGAAUUCAUUAUCCGACAUGGGUUUUGAUAGCGACCAGAUUGCUAUACGAAGCCCACCAUCCUUGAACGACGACGCGUACACUCUCUACUACCCACCAGAGAAGAGACCAGAAAGGCAUGCUGAGGAAGAAUUAGAUAGAGCCUUGAGGGAGAUCCUGGGUCAGUUAACAGCGAGACAUUAUCUGCAUUCUCUGAUGACAAUUCGUGCAGGUGAGGAUAACAGCAUGGAGGACGGGUCAGAGCCUUUAUCCAAAAGACAUUCAGAUGGGAUCUUCACUGACAGCUACAGCCGCUAUAGAAAGCAGAUGGCCGUGCAGAAAUACCUGGCAGCGGUUCUGGGUAGAAGGUACAGACAGAGAGUUAGGAACAAAGGACGUCGACUUGCCUAUUUGUAGCGUCGUUAAAGCGCCCAAACUGCCCUCCUGUGUAUAUAUACAUCCAGUCGUUAAAUCAAAGUCAUUCAGAUAUACCUGACCAACAGUGGAUUGCGCCUGUGUUCUUUCAACAUGUAUUUAUGUAUGAAGUAAAGCCAUUAAAAUGAAUAUUUUAAUAAUAAUAUCGUUUUUUUUUCUUUUUGUACAAAAGCACUUGAUACCGCACAGUUGUGGACCAAUAUUUUAUUUUCAUGUUAAGAUGUUGAAAACAAAACAAAAUGAGAAAAAAAAACAAGAAGAAGAAAUCAGAAAAAAAGAUAAUUGUGCACCUUCAACGUUAUGCGCUUGAAAUCUUUAAAAGUCAUCUACAUAUGCAGAAAAUAAAUAGAUUUUAAAAAGACAAUCAAAGUAUUGAAUGUUAUACUUAUUUUUGUAACCGACGUUCUAUUUUUUUAGUGUUGUUUGUUUUCCAAAACAGGCCCAAAGAAGCAGUGAGCAUGCUAUGUGAGGCAUAUCCGACUUAUCCUAAAUGAUAGAUGUUGCCCUUGUCCACCCUUCUCCACGCUCCCUUUAUGGGAGCUCUGUGGGUUUGUAUGGCUUGCUGCCCCUCCAGGGGGGAUUUCAGAUGGCUUUUGUUAUACAGCCUCUCAUUUGAUGGAUAACUGAUUGACUUACACAGCAAUUUGUGUACCUGGUGGUAAAAUCCAACCUUCUUUUCAACAGAAAUUUCAUCGCAGGCUUUUGCAAGGGCACCAUUGCCUUUACUAAAGAUUAAGGAAGCACAGAAGUUGCUGAUGCAGAGAACACUGCUUGCUCACUUGCCUCAAAGUCAUUUCCAGUAGGACAAAAAUCAUGCAUCAUUCUUUAGGACUGUGUAAAGAAUGUUCCACAUGUGUGUAUUAUGUAUAGUAUAGAAAUUACUCAGUGCACAUAUUCAUCUCAUUGUUGUCAGUCAACAGAAUUAUAUUGGAGGAAUGUGCUUCAGCUGCUGAUUGUAUUUGGGCAGCACUGCAAAGAUUCAGAAACAAGCAAGAAGCAGAGCAUGAGGUGGGGUUGGAGAGGAGUGGUGGCAUCUGAGUUACAGUUAGGAAUACUUAACUCUGAUUUCCAAUUUAUUGGUGCAUGUAGAAACUGACACCUUGCGAAUUUUCACGUACGAACUGCAUGUCAUUGUGCUUUUGUUGCUAUUUGGGAGGUGAACUGUGCUAAGCCUAUUUCAGCAUCACAUGUUUAGUAAUGGAAAUGUGAACAAGGAGGGCUAGAGGUGGUAGAAACUGGUACUGCACUGACCUGUUGAAUUUGUUUUUAUAUACCUCCUCUGCUACUGUCAUUGUGGAUAUCAUAGGAACAAGACACUGGAUCCCCUUUUUGCUGUUUGCUUUUGUCCUGGUUGCAGUUUUUUAGGAUUCUUUUGCUUCUAGAUGCUAAAUAGUUGAUGGUGCGGUAGUGUGGUACAACUGUUGAGACAAAGCUGAUCUGUGUUAGACGUCUGCUGGGUUAUGUGCAGUGAGGAUGAGAUGAAACAACGGAGGAAUGCAUGAAGAGGACGAGAGAGCAGAGACAGAGUGUGUGUGUGUGCGAGAGAGAAGGAAAGCAAAGUAGGCAGUUACAUAAGAGACAGGUUACAGCGCCCACGAGCCAGAGAAGGGCUGUCGCACGUCCACGUAGAAACUGAAAUUGAGGUGUCUUGUCUCACCUGCCACAGUGAGAUCAGGGUCAAUGAGUCUGAUAAGAAACAUAUCAGAUGUUGAAUUACCCUCACUUUGUUUUCAGCAGAAGGAUGUGAGUGAAGCCAAAUGAGGCCACUCUGAGUUUCCCACUAGAAAAGAGGUGAAUGAAAUUCAGCCCUCAAGCAGAGGGUUGUCCCCCCUGACUUUUAUUGGAGAGAUAUUUUAUGUAUUUAUUCAAUAUUAUGCAAAUGCAGCUUUAUGCACCCCUGCAAUCUAAUCAGUGGCCUGUGUCCCCCCCAUAGAAACUAUCAACACACACUUUCUUCGAUUAGGCUUUAUCCUACAGGCUUUGUGUGGAUGUGGAUGUUUGCAUAUCGUGUUUACGUGUGUGCGUGCGUGUGCAUUUAAUGUUUGUUUAUGUGAGUGAGGUGAAUGGGUGAGCGAAUGAGUGUGCACGUGGAGGUGGAAACAGCUUUUGGCUUUGGUGCCUUGCUUCGACGUGAGAAAAAAAACAAAAACAAUAAAAAAAAAGAAAAAAAUUCGCCACACGUGACAGAUGGCAAUUUUAGUGGCCCUACAAUGCUGCAGUCCAUUAGCUUACAUUGAAACUUCCUUUUACUCUGUUUAAUCGCUCAGCUUAGUCUGCCCCAGGAGUAGUGGAAUUAGGCUUUCUUUUAAAGCAUGGCCAAUGAUUUCUUGAGUAAAAAAUGAAAAAAGAAUAGGCUGUAUAUGUUGAUGGAGCAGGCGGUGUGUGUGUGUGUGUGUGUAUGUGUGUGUUUGUGUGUGCGUGUGUGUGCAUGAGUUUGGGGUGUUCAGUGUCUGUGGGAGUUGUGAACAAUGACCAGUGUUUGUUAUUAUUGAUUAUGAGGUGUUGUUGAUUAUUUAGAUAUUGGUCAGUAAUUUAUUCUUCACCAGAAAAGAGCCCCUAUAUAUUAUUUCCAACUAUGUGCAUCACUAUCUAGAAUAAAAGGGUCUCAGAACAUAACAGAGAUGUUGUUCAGAUCAUAGAAAAUGCCUGUUGUUGAUAUUUCUGAAAGCGCCAAACGCCUUACUUCAAUGUUUAAUCUCUUAUCUAUCUGAAAACAAUGUGUUUUAAAAGUGAACCUUAGUACAAGUGACAUCGUUAUACACACAGGAGUCCUUAUAUGGGGUUUUACGUUUCUCAAUGUUAUGAAAGUGUUGUAAGAUUUGUAUGAAUAAAUUUUUGUAAACAACAAAA